AUGGUUAAGAAUGGAUUAACUCCUGACAUUUUGAUCGAUACUGCCCUGCUUAACAUGUAUGUGAAGUGCAGAUGCUUAGAGAGUUCCAAGCUUGUUUUUGAUAGGAUGGCAGAGAAGAAUGUUGUAACAUGGACUGGGCUAAUGAUGGGGUACACUCAGGCUGAUAGACAGGAGGAAACUUUGGCAUUAUUUGCCAGGAUGAUAAAAGAAGUUAUUGAAUUGGAUGAGUUUGUAUUCUCUGUUGUUCUCAAGGCAUGUUCCAAGUUAGGGGACUUGGGUACUGGGAGGCAGAUUCAUGGUUACAUUGUUAAAUUGGGGAUGGAUUCAGGGGUUUCAGUGGGGACACCCCUUGUGGAUUUUUAUGCCAAGUUUGGAAGUCUAGAGGAAGCUCGUCAAGCUUUUAACAGGAUUUCUGACCCUAAUGACGCUUCUUGGAGUGCUUUAAUCUCUGGAUGGUUGCAGAUUGGCAAAUUUGAGGAGGCUCUUGAAGUUUUCAAGUAUUUGAGGGAUAAUGGUAGGAUUAUGAAUCGCUUCAUGUAUACCAGCAUUUUUCACGCUUGUUCAGCAUUGGCAGAUUUGAGUUCAGGGACCCAAGUACAUGGAGAUGCCAUAAAAAAGGGCCUGGUUUCAGCAUCUCAUUGUUCCAAAUGUUGUGCAGCACUAAUAUUGAUCCAUCUAAGCCUGAUUGUAGGAGUUGGACAGCUUCAAUGGAUGGAUGGAUGGCCAUUCAUUCACAAGUUCUCUGAAAUGUCAUUGCAAAAGAGGGAAGUGGUUCUGCAGAACUGGUCAAAAGCAAGGUUCUUGGUCCCUCACAGAGGAGUAUUUAUGUUGACCAAAGCCUUCUGUUUCUUCACCUUCUUCUCUCGGACUGAUGAAAAAUCAGAAAACCCAGCUUGGGAUGCAAUGGGAUACCAUUUAGAGACUGAUGAGAAUUCACACACAAUCCAUAGGGAAAGACCUAUUGAGAAAGGAAUAGUAGAAACUAUGUAUGAAACUGAUUCAACCCUUAUUACAUCUCUAAAAAAAAAGGGCUUCAAAGUCACAAAAGAUCCUCAACAGAACCUCUACAAUGUUGAAUGUGAUGUUGUCAUUGUUGGUUCUGGUUGUGGUGGUGGAGUUGCAGCUGGAGUUCUUGCAAGUGCAGGCCAAAAGGAAUGGGCUGUGGAUCACAAGCUUCCUCUAUAUGGGAGUUCAGACUGUGUCUCUGCCAUGGAUACUGUAUUUAGCAGGCUUGGUGUCACAGAGAAUUGUACAAAGGAAGGACUCCAGAAUCAAAUUCUCCGUAGGGGGUGCAAGAAUCUUGGUCUGAAAGUUGAAUCAGUUGUUCGGAAUUCCUCGGAUGAACAUUACUGUGGGUCUUGCAAUUAUGGAUGUAAAACAGGAGACAAAAAAGGGGCUCAAGCCUUCAGAAGGCAGUUGGUCCUUAAUAACAUUGCCAGAAUACAAUACUACUAA